AUACAAUAACUACAUUCUUUUCACAAGAGAGUGACACGUUUCAGUUGUCAUGUUCUAAUAUAAACAAUGGAAUAAUCAGCGAUUACUUUGAUGCACUAACCCGCUUCAGCGGUGCACCUUACCAUGUCACUUUCAUUUGACGUACUGUUUUAUACUCCAAUUGUUUUUAUAAUUUUAUAUCUUCUUUUGAAUAAAAUGGCUAAAACACCUCGAAACAUAUGCAUUGUUGUGCUAGGCGAUAUUGGUCGCAGUCCCCGUAUGCAAUACCACGCACUGAGCUUUGCCAAGGAAGGAUUUCGGGUAUAUUUGGUUGGUUAUAAAGGUAAUUAUUUUUGAAAAAUUAUUUGAUUUGACGCCUUUUGUCACUUUUUAAUCUUAUGGGAAAACAUAAAGCUCAAAUAAAGUGGUCACAGGGCUAGUGCUGACCAUCCCAGCUAACACAUAUCUCACCCCACAGAAGCCAGGUUGCUUAAUCAGGGCCAAAGGCUCAAUAAACACUGACUUCACCUCUGAUAACUCCAUGAGCAGUUACAUCCGGAACAAUAGUAAAUGCUUCACUGUGCCUUGGUGUAACACAGUUCAAUAUAAAGAAUCAUUCUUCUCACGAACAAUAAUUGCUAAGAACCAAUUGGACAUUGCCGCAGUAGACUCGACAUCAAUCGAGAGUUUCAAGGCGGCCCUGGCCUCUGCUAGGAGCCGUUAGGAUUGCUGCAUCGCUUCCCCAACCAUUACAAAAAUGCCAGUAAAUGGAUGCAGCAACAUACCCAACCAGAACCAGAAAUACAAUGUAAUGUGCAGUGGAUUGUGUUCUGAUUAUGAGUAGGCUACUUGUUAAGUUAUUUUAAUAAUAAAAUACUGAAGCACUUCUGAAACUUUCUACGAUGACCACAACCACCUCCAAGCAGAUUUGAAGUACCUUAUGAAUUGAGCGGACAAAUGGGGCAUGAAAUUUAACGAAACCAAAUGCUACACAAUGAGCAUCUCAAGAAAAAACCCAUCAACCUAUAUGUAAUUCCUAAACAAGACAAUUCUCCAAUAAGUAUCAAAUAAUCCAUACCUUGGAAUUCUCUUCUCGAAUAACCUAAAAUGGUCACCCCAUAUAAACAAAAUUUAAAAAAAAGCCAACUCCACACUAGGUUUCAUUCAAAGAAAUCUGCGCCACUGCCCAACUUCCUGCAAAUGAAAUGCCUAUCUUGCACUCGUAUACUAGAAUAUGGUGCGAUCAUCAGGGACCCAUACCUUAAGCAAGACGUGGACAAGAUUGAGUGAAUCCAAAGUAACGCAGUGCGCUUCAUCGCAUGUGACUACAAAUCCACAACUUCCGGCUUUGUCACCGACUUCUUAAAAAGAUUUGACAUCCCCUCCCUCAAAGACAGACGAGAAAAGUUCUGCCUAACAUUCUUAAAGUGGUCAUGGGGCUAAAGCCGGCCAUCCCAGCAAACAUGUAUCUCACCCCACAGAAGUCAGGUCGCUUAAUCAGAGCCAAACGCUUAGUAAACACUGACUUCACCUCUAACAACCCCAUAAGCAAUUACAUCUGGAUCAACAGUAAAUGCUUCACUGUGCCUCGGUGUAACACAGUAAACAAUCAUUCUUCCCAUGCACAAUAAUCGCUUGGAACCACCUGGAUAAUGCCGCCGUGGACUCGACAUUAAUCGAGAGCUUCAAGGCUUCCCUGGCAUCCACUAGGAGCUGAUAGGAUAGCAGCAUUGCUUCCCCAACCAUUGCACAUAUGCCAGUACAUGGAUUCAGCAACAUACCCUACCAGAAACAGAACAGAAAAUUCAAUGAAGCCAAUAAUGGGUUACUUACUAUUGAGAGUCAAAACGUUAACAGUGCCUUCCUGAUGAUGAUGUGAUUUAUCUUAGUCAUCAGGUUACCAUGUAUUAUCUUUUUGCCAGACCAGGCUGAUGGUUUUCGGACAUUUCUUCUGUAACCAGUACAGUUAAAGACGGCAAAAUAAAAAAAAUUAUGAUGCCAGAACCAGAUGCUAUUCAUGAAUAAAACCAACAUUUUUGCAUUCAAGUUUCAGUUUUUAGUUUUGUAAGCUAUUAUUAUGUGCCAUAGAUCGACUUUUGCUUUUAGACUAUGACAUCUUUAAUGAAAGUUAUUCCAAGGCUUUGUCAUUGUUUUCUUAAUUCACCCCAGUAAAUCAAUAAGCGAAUUUAAAAAUUAUUUAUAUUACUUCUAUUAAAUUAAAAUCCUUUUGUAAUAACGCUUCUAGGUACCAAGCCACAUGAAACACUACUUAGCAAUGAAAACAUUCAGAUUUCUUAUGUCAAAGAACCGCCAGCAGUUCUUGCAUGUGAGUAUGUCUGAUGACAUUAUAAAAAACAAAUUACUUGUCGGGCACAUUUAUUGUAAAAAAUGUCAUUUAAUUAUACCCAUUUUAUAUCUUCUGUUCAAAAUAUCAAGCCUACACAUGGGGGAAAGUAAGCAGCUCCUUACAGUCUGAGUUGGGGGUGGGUGGUGGGUUAAAAACCUUGGAAUAAACCCUGCUGUUUUUUUUAAAUUCUCCAGGCAAGAAAAUUACUAUAAUCCAAGGUGACCUAGUCCCAUGCACAGUUUGUUUUUGCUGGGGAUCGGGCACCAAUCAACAAGUUUGGUAUUGACACAAUUUUGACAGCACCCCAUCCAGCCACCUGCACAAUGUCUGAAUUUUAAGAAUUAAAACUAAAAACUGUAAAUUUUGUGUUGCUAAUAUUCAUAGUGAACUCUCACAUUAAAAAACAAUACCAUAACUCACAGAAUUGAGAAAGGCUGGGGGAGGGGCUUCAGCCACUCAAGAGAGGAUAGAUGCCACUACCUAAAAAUGACCGGGACAAAGGAGCUUGUUAUUUGAAUACGUUAACUUUAAUUCCAUCCAUCCCUUGGGCUAUACAGGCCAUGUAGGUAUUUGGCCUGCCUCACUACUUCCCUCCACUCAGACCGAACUAAUGCUUUUCUUUUCCAUGCUUGGAUUCCCAGUUGUUGUAGAUCUCUUUGCACAUCAUCCAUCCAUCUAAGCCUAGGUCUGCCUUUGGGCCAUUUUCCUCUGAGAUUUUGGUGAUGUACCCCCUUCACUACUCUGACAUUUGGCAUUCUCUCUAAGUGUCCUGCCCAGCAUAGCCUGCCCUUUUUUAUUUCUGCUACUAUUGUGGGAUCCUGAUAUAGACUGUACUAUUCAAUGUUGGUUCGUAUUCUCCAUCCAUAUUCAUCCUUUGUUGGUCCUGCAUUGUCCUGAUAACUUUUCUCUCCCAUGUGUUUAAUAGGUUUUCUGCCAUUUUUAUUAGGGUCCAAGUUUUACUUGCAUAUGUUACAACGGUUCUGAUUACAGUUUCAUAAAUAGUUUUCUUUGUUUCUCUUGUAAUAUUUUUACUUGUUAGUAUUUUCUGACUACUGAGUAUGCCCUGUUUCGGACUGGUAUGCUUUCUUUUAUUUCUGUUAGUAAUUCGUUUCUUGCACUUAAUAAAGAUCCGAGGUAUUUGAAUUGAUUUAAUUUUUCAGAAGUCUUGGUUCUAACUUUAAUGACUUCAUCUGUCUGUUCGUCUCUUAUCAUAGUCAUAGUUUGGUUUUUAACUUCCAGCCCUUCUUGUAGUUAUGUGUCUUCUAACUCAAUAAAGGAUUUUGAUAUGACUUUAAUACGUUUCCCUAGCAGUGCUAUGUCAUCAGCAUAUGCAAGAUACGGAAGGUGUUGAUUGUAGAGAGUGCCCAUUGGUUGUGGGACUUGGGUUUCCCUCAGAAAGUAUCCUGUUAUUUUUCCUUGGGUGUCAAUAUGUAUGUCUCUUAUAACUCUCUCUAAUGUUAGGUUAAAUAGCAUACAAGACAGUGAGUCUCCUUGUCUUAAACCUCAUCUAAUCUGAAAUUCCCUUGAUUAUUCUCCAUUAACUUUAAUUCACUGAGCCCUUAAUAUUUUAAAAGAGUCAUCCUUGUUGAGAAAUUAAUUGAAGUUUUAAAUAAAAAACAAUUUUAUCCCUCAAAAAAUAUUCCCCAGUAUAUGAUAAAAAUAUAAUAUAAUAAAAGAGAGAUAGGAAAUUAUGUCUAUCAAACCUGGUCUAAUGCAUCGAAUAUUUUAUUUCUGUUUUCCAGUUAACCCUUUUUCUGUUAACCCCAAAUCUCACUUAUAUACAUUUCAUCAUUAUAAAUUUUAUUCUGUCUCUCAAAUAUUUACAUAUAUUUUCAUUCUAUCAAAGCUGUUCAAAGUUUCACUCAUCUAUACACUAGUUUUAAACUUUAUAGGUAAAAUAUGUUUUUUCAGUUGCUCCAAAGUUGAUGGGCUACUUCUUGAAAGUAAUUUGGCAGUCUGUUUUACUUCUUUGGACCUUGCUUUUGCUACCUAAAAUGGGAUCAAUACUUAUUCAGGUAAUCUCUCCCUAAGAUUUCUUCAGUUCAGUUGUUUCUAUUAUUAAAAAAACAACAAAAAACAACAACCCAAAAACCCCUCUAUAUUUCAUUUGGCAAAGCUGUCAUUGCCACAGAAAGAUUUAUGAAUUUUUACAAAGUAAUAAAACAAAGUAACAUUUAUACUAUACUAUAAAAUCUAUUAUGAAAAAUGUAAAUAUAAAAAAUAAAUACCUGUUACCUUUUUAUCAAGGCCAGAAAUUGCCUUAAAUGCGUUAUGGCAAAUAUUUCUUUCAGAACCCCCCAUCAAUACCAACAAUGCUUAUUGCCUACAUGGUGAGCUUUGUGAGAUUUUCCACUCUUGUUAUUGACUGGCAUAACUAUGGACACACCAUUCUGUCCAUGGCUCUGAAGAAGGACCAUCCUCUUGUCAGAUUUGCCGAAUGGUUAGUGACAUGUACAAAAUGUUCCUUUUGGAAAAGAUUGUUUUACAGUACUCAUAUUCUGUUUUAGUUAAAGAGCAUGGUCAGGGGUGCUCAGCCAUUAAAAAGACUGUUCAUUUUUGCAAGUAUACACUGAGAUAUAGUACUUUUAUGCAUUAUGAUUGUGCUGUCAGAUAUCCAGUGGUGCUUACAUUAAUUGACUAUGUUGAUAAUGAGGUGACUAAUUGGUCAUCUUAAUUUAUUUAAUUACCUUAUUUUAAAAUCAGCAAAAACAAAUAAGUAAUGGCCGACAGUUUCAAGAAAUGUAAGAAUUUUUAGAAUAUUGCGAUGUUUUUUUGUUUUUGUUUUGUAUUAGAAUAACCAGCUUUUAUUAAUAAAUUUUAGGUAUGAAAAACGAUGUGGCCGCCUCUCAUCUUACAAUAUUUGUGUGACCAAUGCCAUGCGAGAUGACCUUAAGACUAACUGGAAUAUCAAGUAAUUAAUAAAUAAAUAUAUCCUUAUAUUGAUUUACAAUUGACUGGGACAUGAUUCAGUUGGGAUAAAUCUCAAAGAACAGUGACAAAAUUUAAAAAUUACCAGAAUCGACCUCAGUCACUUGGGACUUCACAUGUUUGAUAUACACUUACAGCUUAAUUGAUCAAAUUAAACCAGAAUGACCAUGCGUGAAUUUACUAUUUAAAGAAAAAUUUCUUUGAAGCUUAACUGAUUACUGGUGUAAAAUAAUUUCAAAGCAGAAUAUAUUUAAGAAUGAGCCAUGUGCAUGUUCAUUCAAUAGCUGAAAAAUACAAUUCCCCAAAAGUGCAUCAGGCAGCAUGCAAAUUUGCAUUCAAUAUGCAUGUAAGAUAAACUUUGUAUUUCUAAAAAUGAUUUGGAUUCUUAAAAACAAUUAUAGCGCAUUUUAAAAAAAUAUGCAACUGGGUUAGGUUUUAAUGUCUUGUAACCUCAAAAGAAAGUUACGACACUUUUCCACAUCUUGUAAAUGUAUAAUUAAGUUAAUAGUAAAUCAGACUUUCCUUACUUUUAAAGACGUAUCUAUGGAUAGAUGUUUUUUUGCUUAUCUAACGUCAUUUGGUUUUGAGAAAUUUUUGUCUUUUAAAUAAAGAUCUACCAAACCAUUUUUUACGCCCAUGAACUUCAAACCAAAUUUUAAUUAUUUCCUAAAAGGCUGAUCAAGACUGAAAAGUUGGUUUAGAAUUGCCUCUAGAUUUAAGAAUUUGUUUUUUUUAUCUGUUAAUAUAAUUCAGGAGCGAGUGAAAAGGUUGGCUAAAUUUGUAUUGAAGAUUCAUAUGUAUCAAAAUCCAUUAAUGUUACAGAUAUUUAAAAUGGUACAUAGAUUAUUUUCAAAAUUUAAGGACACAUGUUUACAAUGUUUAUUUAGAAAGUGAUUUCUUUGUAUUUCAAGGGCUUUAAAAAGGUCUUGUGUAGGCCUUUAUAAUGUAGAAGAUAAAAAUUCCUCAAAGCUCAUUGAUGUAAGAAAUGUAAACAUCUAUUUAUAGAUACUUCUUAAAAAGAAACAGAUUUACAUUUUUUUCUAAACAUACAUUUCAAGAGCAUGGAAAAUAGCAAUCAUUUUUAAAUUAUUUUUUGUAAAGGAUAUUAUGCAUUAAAACCUAAUUCAAUUACAUUGUUACAUGCAUAAAAAAUUCAUUUUUUGGAUGUUAAGACUUCGCAAUAUAAGGUAGAAAGCUACAGCAAUAUGACUACCAUUGAUAUUCCAGUAAUACCAGGUCAUAUUUUGUGUUUAUUUAUAACAAAAUAUAACACAAGAAACUUUCAGUCCUUUCUGCCAAAAAUUUCCUUCUCAGUGCCAUCACCGCCCAUGACAGGCCUAGUGAGAUAUUCCAGUCGGCUAGUUUAGAGAAGCAGAAUGAUCUGUUUACCAGGCUUGCCAAGGAGUAUUCAGUAUUUGCAAGGUAUACAGAAACUAAAUAACAUUUUAUGCCAAGACUUGGAUCAUUAUUCUCGUACUAAGAAUUAUAAAGAAUCUUCUUCUUAAGUCUUACCACACAUUUUAACACCAGCUCAUAUGUAUGUCUUGGUUAUAGUUAGUCAUUGAAAUGUCUUCAGUUCAGAGAGUGCAGAAUCAGACUCGACCAAGUUCACUGCUAGAGACCAAGAUGGCAACAUUACCAAAUUAGUAGGAAGACCAGCUCUCCUGGUCAGCAGCACAAGCUGGACAGGUAGAGUCACUUUUUAAAUCUCACAUAUACCAGCUGUUUGUGAAGAUUAAGAAAUAAUUUCUUAUGUUGCUCAAUCCUCCUUAUUUAUAAUUUUUCCCCUCUUAAGUGUCCAGUCCCUCCUUUUCAAAGUGGGGCACAGGACAUCAAGAAACUUUGUUUCUAUUUUCCUGUCUGUCAACAGUCUCACUUAAAUCCCAGUGCCAUAUUGUUUACAUUUAACUAGAUUGUAGCAUUAAUAUUGAUGUUAUAUGACAUCUUGUUUUGCAGACGAUGAAGAUUUUGGCAUUCUUUUAGAAGCACUAGAAGGUAUGUUCUCAAGAUCUUUAUUUUUUUGCCCCUAUAUAAAUUGAAAAGUUAAUGAACCUAGAUUACUCAUGAACUUGCUAAAAAAUAUUUGUUUAUGAUAUAAUAAAUUGAAAUGUUAAAAUUGUAUGUUUAAUUUCCCAAUAGCAUAUGAUGAAGCUGAUGAAGAUGGAAAAAGUUCAAAAUUACCAGAUUUGCUCUGUGUAAUCACAGGUAUGGAAAUUUCAUUUAAUCUAAUUACAUUUAAUAAAAAAUUUUAAAAAUUAAUUUUAACAUAAUAUUGAUUGAAUUUUUUUAGGGGCAAAAUUGUUUUGGUUGGUUUUUUGUUGAGUGUUUGUUUUGUUUGUUUCUUAACAGCCAUUUCAUUAUUGAGUAUUAUCUAUAGCUCCUCUAGCAAUAAAAAAAAAUUACAUUGAUUUAAUUUUUUAAAAUUUGUGUACUAAAAAUGUUCUUAAAGGCAAAGGUCCCCAAAAAGCUUUCUACAGUAGAAAAAUUGAGGAGCGAAGCUGGAAAAAAAUACAGUUUUGUCUCCCUUGGCUUGCUGCUGAAGAUUACCCCACAAUGCUGGGUAGGGAUUUUUAUAUAAACUAUCAAAGCUAAUAUGUAUUAUUUCUAGUUAAUAUUAUUGUGACCAUAAGAAAAUUAUGAUUUUAAAAAAAUAAUAAAAGGUAAGAGAAUUUUAAUUUAAAAAAAAAAAGAAAAUUAAUUAAAUAGGGAUACAAUUUUUGUUUUUUAAAUUUCAGAAGGCCUGGAGGACAAUGUCAGAAAAAAAUUAUGAACAAGAAGCAUGAAGAAAUCUAGCAAUUUAAAAAAAUAAAACUAGUAUUCUUUUGAGACAUCCAUCUUUUUUAAAUUAAAUCUAAUUCCCCCCAAACAUAAGUGCUCUCAGGCUGGGGUCCACAUUAGUGUCCAAAGCCAUUACUUUAAAGGAAGAAUCAGAGUUUCUCAAGAACACUGUUUAAGCCACAUGUGUGUUUUGCAUGGAGCAUGACUGAACCUUGUAAAAUGUUUUGACCAGGUUCAGCAGAUGUUGGUGUUUGCCUUCACAUGUCAUCCAGUGGCUUAGACCUGCCCAUGAAAGUGGUGGACAUGUUUGGCUGUGGGUUGCCAGUUUGCGCUGUCAAUUUUAAGUGGUUAGUGCAUGUAUUAUCAUAAAAUCUUAAUGCCAAAUACAUUUUGGUACUAAAUUUGGUUAAAAAUGUCAUAAGAUCUUUUUAUUUGUUUAAAUUUCAAGAAUGGAAAAUAUAUUAGGGAUGUAAACAUUAAUGCAAUUCACAUAAAACCAUAUUUAAUUUUAAUAUUUUUGAAUUUCUCAUAACAUUAUUCAACAUGUGUACAUUUUAUUGUUUAUAUUCCCUACAGUAUUGGAGAACUAGUCAAGCAUGAUAAAAAUGGUCUUAUCUUUAAUGACAGUCAGGAGCUGGUCAGUCAAUUGAAGGUAAAUAUUUUGAAGUAAAUAUAUUUUAUACAUAAGAGCAUAUGCCAUUAAUUCCACACCUUUCAGUCUCUUGCAAUCUUAAGUACAACCUUGUCUACCUCUCUACGCAAGAUUUUUUGGGAAUUCCCCAUCCUCUUGAUUGAUAUAUUAUAUUUUACUAAGUCAUUGACCACAAAUGAAAAUUUUGAGUUUCUUUUUUUUUUUCCAACUUAAAAGUUAAACAAUUUUUGUGCACUAUUUUGCAAACUUUUCUUUGAUACAACCUUUUUUAUUUUAUUGAUUAAGCAAAUAUUAGAGGGAUUCCCUGACAAGAACAGCAAACUGGAAUCAUAUAGAAGGAACCUGGCAUCAUUCCAAGAGCUCAGAUGGCACAGUCAGUGGAAACUAUUGGUUCUACCAAUUUUUCUUAAGAUUGGGGGCAUUAGAGACUCUGCUUUUGACAUUCCUGGACUUUUUGAUCAAACGACGAGAACAGAAGACACCAGGCCAGUGAGUCUGACUAAAGAAAAAGAUGAAUAAAAUUUCUUUUAAGGUUAUCUCCCUAUCGAAAAAAAAUAAUUCUUUGAAGACCAAAAAACUAAUAACAAUUUAAUUUGAUUAUCAGAUACUCGUAUUAUAAUUAAGAUAGACAUUUUAUUUGAAUUGAAUCAAUUUCUACAAUUUAAUUUCUACUCCAGCCCAUGAGUUGUUAAGAAAUAUUUUUGAAGCGGUAUUACCGAAGUGAGAUUAGGUUAGUGAUGAAACUAUUGAAAAAAACAAAUUUAGCCAGAAACUUUGAGACGAUGUGCAUAAAAUUUAAUCCUUACUCUGAAAAAGUGUUUGGAUUUAACUUUAUUUACUAAAUUUACAACACAAGAUUGUGUUCACGGAUGUAUAAAAAAAACCUUGUUGAUAUUGAAGUAGGUAUGUUUUAAAUCUAAAUUUUUUAUAUUAUAUAUUCCCAUGGUCUGGACCUGAUGAUAAAGUCCAGCAGAUAAAAAAAAAAUUUAAACAUUGCAUUUUAAACCUGACUCAUAUCUAUGCUGCUGUUAUAUACUAUAUACCUCAGUGAAUAAAUUUAUUCACGAGUAUAUAGAAAAUUGUUUUGAAACAUAAAAUUGCUUUAGACGUUGUGUAUAUCUACUUACUUGUUAUAUCACUAUGGUGCGUGACCGCUGGUUCACCAUCUAUCUUUUACCAUAGCUGCCAAAGUCAGCGAGAAAAAAAAUUGACCUUAUUUUAUUGGACAAAUAAAGAAAAUGCAUUUAAUUUCAUCAUGUUUUCUUAUAAAUUCAUUUUCCAAAUUAAGGAGACUGUGCCAUUGAAUGUUGUUAUUUUAUAAUUUUGCUUAUUCUUUUUUUUCAGUGUAUUUUAUUACCUUUUCUAAGAAAUAUGUUUCCUUAUUUAAAAUGUUUGGUUUUUACAUUUUGACUUUUCCCCUUUUGCAUUGUGUGUUUUUCAUGUUUUCCCUUAACUUGCAGUCCUUAUUUCCCUUUCCUGUUUCCUGAAGGAGGCUGUAUAGCUUAACAGUUCGAUUUUAUUUCCAAUUCAUGCAUUUACAUUUAUUGUGCUGUUUAUGUACGCUUUUCACAGAUUGAUUGCAACCAUCCCUAUGCUAAUCCAUGCCGUGUUCCGUCAGCAGCGCAGACUUUUUAACAUGUCUUUUUAUCUCUACAAUUUUUUAACCUAAAAUGCAGUAGAAAAUAAUCAAAAGCCGUGAAAUAUGAUGUAAAUACAAAAUGUUUAUUUAUGCCAGUAUAAAAAAAAAAUAGGACAUAAGGCCGAACACUAGGUAUAGUCAAGUUAUAGAAAGAAAUAUGUUGUCAUCUGCAUAAAUGGUGUUGAUUUUUUUGCCUGUAGGAGCUUACUCAAAAUUUAAAAAAAAAUCUUAUCAAUUUGUUUUCCUGUAUAUUAUUAUAUAAAUGGAAAAUAAACGUAAUAAAUAGCACAACAUUGAAAAUUAACAAACUGUGGGACCUGUUUUAGUUUUUCCUACAUUUUGAUUAGACUAAUACUAUUUAAAAAAAUUUUUUUUUACAUCCAUUCUCUACACAAAAUACCAAGUGUCUUUUAGUUAACUGAAUAUUAUUUUCCAAAUGAGAUAUGACAUUUUCACAGCAUUUCGUGGUACACUUUGAGGACCUUCAAAUAACAUGAGUAUACAAUAAAAACAAUGUUCAAGUUUUUGCUUCAAAAUUGGGGCUUAAAUAAAAUAUAGCACAAGAUAACAAUUUAAAGAAUGUAGAGUUAUAAAACAAACCAAAGGUACAUAACUCAAGUUUAACAUUUGAUUACAUUACAUAGAAAGUCAUACCUAGAGAGUGAUACAUAGAAAGUCGUACAUUGGGAAGAAGACAUUUUGUGAAAUUUCGUACAUAAUCUUAAGAUGAACAUCCCAAAUAAUUUUAAAAAAGGUAUGAAAUAAAGAGCCAAAAACUGAUUCCAUGAAUGAAAUUAUUGCUCCUCUCUGCUCAAUUUCUGAGAUUUCUAAUUCCAUUAUAAAUGUGAAAAGAUUAGAAUGAUAUAUAUACAUAUGUAUUAUGCAUCAGGGGACAGAACAAAAGUUGUACAAUUAUAUUUAAAAAAAAAAAAAAACAACCUCUAAAUAACCCCUUAUAUUGCCAUAUACUUACAGAGAAAUAAAACUCUAUCAAAGCCAGCAACGUUGGGUUGUUGGCCUCAUAACGUUAGGUUGCUGGCCUCAUAACGUUGGGUUGCUGGCCUCAUAACCACCAAGAAGUAGCAGGUUACAACAGUGUCAAACCCAGUUGUAGGUUUAUAGUUGGGUGCUAUGGACUACUCAUAUAUAUAUAUAGUCGGCCCAGCUGGGUAGUAAUAAACAACAAACACAACCUUUAACAUUAAGUUGAAAGACAGCAGAAAAUUUGGGGUGAGGUAAAAAAAUUGUCGGCUGUCAACACCUUCCCUACAGUCAUAAACAACAACAACAACAAAGUAGUUUAGAUCACUAUUGCUGGCUUCAUUAAACAUACUAAGUUUGACAAUACACAAACUGAAAAAGGUAAAGCUCGUUGUGAGACCCCAUCAUCUUGAGAUGAGUAGCCCAACUUGGCAAUCACAACGAGCAAUGGUUUUUGUUUUUUUCAAUCCAAAAUGGGGAAAACUCACUUCCCCCUAAUUUGAAUAACACUGGUCUGAUUUGUAAACAAAAUUGUAAACAGCUGGUCAUGGAAAAAUUGAAGUCUUGUAAAUAAAAUUUCAUACACAAUCUGGAAUGUUAGGCAGCAGUCGUUGGAAUGCACCAAGAUAAAUUUAACAUAGGAAUGAUAUAAGUAAUCAUGGCAAUAACACUGAUAUAAUACAAACGGGAAGAAAUUUAACAAUGGAAUGCUCACAGUAACAGCUCAGCAUUAUGUAGCAGGGACAUCACAUUCCAGAUGUAAGUUGUAAAAUGGCAAAAAAUAAAUCUUUCAAACAGAUGCAUACAAUAUCAAUGAAAGCUUUCAUCACAACUCAGAAUGAGCCAACUGAUGAAAUGCUUAAAAUCAAUAACAAAUUUAGAAUGACAAAGAAACUAUUUAUGUGGGUCUAUAUCAGACAGCAUUUUGACUCCUUGAUGUCAUAAAAUAAGAACUUUAAAAAAAAAAUUAAUUCAGUAACUUGUAACAGAUUGUAGAACUUAAAUUAUUCCCAUCAAUAAAAAUAGAGAAAAGCAAACUUGUUACAAACAUAAAGCUAACAGCAGUCUGAUGUAACAUUAUUUGUUAGGCAGGAUUAAUUUAGGUUACAGGGUCAGACUGUAUUUUCUCUAACUUAUCAACAUAGAUAUGCUUUUGGGAAAGGAGGGGGGGGGGGGUGGUGGUUGGGGAUGAAAAAGGCACUGACAGAUAAUAGUAGAUACAGUAACGUAAUAUAUUCCAUUAGUUGGUCUUAGGCUUUUGUUAGGCAGGAUUAAUUUAGGUUACAGGGUCAGACUGUAUUUUCUCUAACUUAUCAACAGAGAUAUGCUUUUGGGAAAGGAGGGGGGGGGGGUGGUGGUUGGGGAUGAAAAAGGCACUGACAGAUAAUAGUAGAUACAGUAACGUAAUAUAUUCCAUUAGUUGGUCUUAGGCUCUUGGUUUUAUGUAUAAAUACGUGAUAGUUAUUUUACAUUUAAGUAUUGUGGUGUUGGGUACCAAAGCAUGUUACAAUGCUGUCAGCACAGAUCCAACAAUGCUUUUGUAAUGAUCAUAUAUUAAUUGAAUAUUUAUAUUACACAGAAUGGACUUGACAUAUUGAUAGAAUACAUCAAAUAGUUGGGCCAGGGAAAAAAGGCAAUUGCUUUAGAUUUAUUUAUAUGCAGAUUAUUGGUAGUUUCUAUAAUAAUGUCAAUAUGAUGAGGUAAUUAUGAAAAUAUAAUAUGCAUGGAAUGGAAAUAUUUUACAACUUUUCAGCCUUGUAAAUGCAGUUUUAAUUCAACUAUUGUUGUAUACAUAAUGUUGUCAAAGAAAUGGUAGAGAGAUUUUACUCGUAAACCUGAGCCAAAAUUAUGUUUUUAAAAGUCAAAACUUGGUGUUUUCGUAGAGUCCAUUUCAGGUGUAAUUAAAACUUCUAAUUAUUUCGAAUAUAAAGUAAAAGGCACUAAAAGUAAAUAAAACCAAUAUUAAAAAAACAAAACAAUGUGUUGAUUGGCUAUAACAAUAAAUAAUAUGAAAUCCUGCUAUAAUUCCAGGCAUUCAACGACCAAUCUGUGUACCUGUCCCAAAAAUUGUCAUUUCUUUCUUCUUUAUUGAAAAAUUAACUGCAUUUACUUUAACGCAUUCUUUCAAAAUACCGGUACCCGAAAUCUGGUUUCACUAAGAUGGCCUUUGAUCUUCCCAGUGACAUAAGAAAAUUAACAUCGAGUUCUGCCUUCACAGUGCUUUAUGCAGACAAAAGUAUCGUCAAUUAACUUUUGCAGAUCCCGAACUGUGCUAAACACGUAUACAAAAUAUCCAUGGAUUCUGUAUUUACAUUUUUCCGAUCGAAAACAAACCCACAUCAAAAAAAUGUAUGCAUAAUAUAUAUAUCUAUAUAUGUAUAUAAAUGUACACACAGCAAAUACUAUUGAAAGAAACCCAAGCAGCUGCAAUGAUGCCAGCUGGUAACACAGCCAAGUUUUGAGAGCUAAAGAUCCAACACGGGUUGAAUUCAGAAUGGCAUUUUUUAUGUGAAAAAUGUGAUGUGCCGUACUGCAUCAGUACUUAUGCUGUAUCAAGCAGAUAACUAAAACCUAUGAGUUUUGAUGCUGUACAAUAAUCUAACAAACAACAGAAGG